UCACCAUCGUCGGUAUAGUCUGAUUGUUGUGGACGUUGUGGUAUCGUUACAUCUUACAUUUUGUAUAAUUAUAAUAUGCUUAUAUCCGUAUAAAUCGUACACCGUACACCGAUUGAAUUGUGUAAUUAUUUGUAAUUUCUACUGAGCUGUAGUCUAUUUAUUGUACCUAUACCUGUUACUUAAGUGUAUCAUUUUGCGUGGAGGGCGCCCACCGAUACUGUUGUUAUUAUUAUUGAUUACCUAGUUGUGCAUUAUACAUCAACAUCAUAAAGCCUUGUGCUGUUUAUAAUAUUCAUGUAUUUUCAGCGUUGUUGUUUUUUUAACAUUUAUAAUAACACCCUAGUCCCGUGCCGGUGCGAGUCGUCGUAACAAACCGCCACGCCUCGUAGGAGUUACGCCGGCGCCAAAAAUUUAAGCCAAUAUAAUAAUCAAUAAAUCAUAUAAUAUAAUAGUUGAGUUAAGUCUUAAUCAUGACUUACAAAUUAACAUACUUCAACUUCACUGCACUGGGCGAACCCAUCCGAUUCCUGCUUUCAUAUUUGGAUAUUGAUUUCGAAGAUAACCGUAUCGAACUUGAACAAUGGCCAUCAGUCAAACACACAAUGCCGUUUGGUACACUCCCGUUGUUGGAAAUCGACGGCAAAGUAUUGAAUCAAUCUUCGGCCAUCUGUCGCUAUUUAGCUAAAAAGGCGAAUUUAGCUGGCAGCGAUGAUUGGGAAUCUUUAUUGAUAGAUAUUGCAGUUGACAAUUUUAAAGAUUUUGGUCAAUGUUUAAAAUCGUAUUGGUUUGAUCCAAAUGAAGAAUCUAAAGCUGCAAGGUAUGUUACGUUGGUCAAUGAAACAAUUCCAUAUCAUAUGGAUAAGUUUGAGAACAUUGUCCGUGAAAAUAAUGGAUACUUCGUAAACGGAAAGUUAUCUUGGGCUGAUUUAUUCGUUGUAGGUGUUUUGGACCACUUAAUUUAUAGAGUAAAUGUUGACUUGUUGAAAGAUCGUCCAAACUUACAAGCUCUCCGAGAAAAGGUUUUGGCAGUACCCAAAAUUAAAGCAUGGAUUGAAAAACGACCAUUAUCUUUUGACAUUGCUUAAUUCUAUCAUAUUUAUUGGAUACAAUUAAUUAAAACACGAAAAUAUAUCACACAUUCACACACA